AUGCAGCAGGCACCCGGCCAUCCCGUCAAUAACAACCACCUUCAACAAGCACCAAUCGUGAAUCAAACUCAGGUGAUCAUGACCUCCCAAGCCCCGGUGGUGGAGGCUAGUAGAGACUGGAGUACUGGCACAUGCGGCUGUUUCGACGAUUGCUCCGGAUGUAUUGCCGCGAUGUUUUGUCCCUUGUUUUAUCAGUGCCAUCUCUCGUCCCGAUCAGCCGAGUCCUGCUUUACCCCCAUCAUCCCCGGCGGAAUGAUCGCUCUGCGCACCAAGUUACGAGUCAAAAACAACAUCCGGUUUUCCUUCAGCCUCCACUCCGUUUGGGCCUCACAGAGGUUUUGUGGUAAACAUUUAUCCGACAGCUUAAGUCUAGUAUGUGGUGGGCGGGGUUUCUUCUGGCAGGAAGACAAAAGAACAGGUGUGCCUGUAGUAGCAAAGAGACCUGCAACAGAAUUUCUUUCCGGGAACGAGCGCCAUUUUCAAAACCGAGGUAUUAUACAAGAGUGCUGUGAGAACCCAUGUACACUGAUGGAUCUGGAAAACUACUGUGCUACUGACAACAAAGCGGAUCUAGCGUCUACGGCCGAAAUUGAACGGCUGCUAAUGAACAAACCGCUGUCAAGUGGUGAGCCGAAUUCUGACACCGCCACACAACCUGUGGCAGGGGAUCAUGUCACUAGCAAUCCGCAGCUUCUUAGCCGUUUGCAGGAUCUCAGAGCGAGGCUUCUUGGGAGCGAGGCUAGCCGAAGUAGACUCGUAUCUCACCGACCGUUCUUCUUCGUUCGACCAAUCAGUCGUCGCCCAACGAGGACAAAUCUUCGCGCAAACAACUCCGAUAGGCUCAACCGCGAGGAUUUCUUUGAAAGCGAGGUCGGACCAGAAUAACCCAGUAUGGAAGGGCAAAUUCAGAUCGGUACAUCAUAACAGCAUUGAAUAAUUAAUACUGACACCAUCAAAGCAAAUAGCAUUUCUGGCUGUCCUUUUCAUUUUUACCAGCAGCACACCAUCUCUACCGGCGUUUGGCUGAUUUACUGCUACCUUUAGCCCAGCCACGCAGUCAGCUUUCCGGACAUGUGGCAGUUCACAUUACACCUAAAGAUUGAAAUGGUCCUAUUUUGUGUGACGGAUGUCUAUGAAUAAUGAAAAACCAAAUUUCUUUCGGGAACAAGGGUCUCGCCAGUAAGAUGAUCAUCUGAGCGCUCCCCGAUUGGUCGGCUCACAGGUCUCACCUAUCAAUGCUGCGUCCCACCUGGUGCUAAUCUUUAUUUCUGCGCCCAAUGAUUCCACUGUUAAAACAAAUCCCAAGUCCCUGCAGACGCUACCCGUUCAUUUGCUUCAUGGAUUCUGGUGAAAUAAAUCAGUUCAACGGAAGCCAGGACGUUAUUUUUCCGUCUUGCCAUACGUGGAUUUAUUUUGAAAGU